UGAUGUAUGAUUAAGGUCUGUCUAUUAAGGUGCACGUAAUAGUAGUUUGUCUUUGCCGAUUGGGGGUUCCAGAAAGAAUAUAUAUAACGGAACGUUUGAUAACGGGGAAGGUUCAUUUCCCCCUUUUUAUGUCUCAGAACCCUAAUUUCGUGAACUUGACCACAAACUUGCCUCUUAUACUCCCAAUUCUCUCCGUUGUAGGGGCUGCAAUUCAGCAGGUUUUGGGUUAGGGUUAUUGAUUGGAAUGGCAUCAGUCUCUAGUCAGCAACAGUUCCGGUACACCCAGCCACCAUCGAAGGUGCUUCAUUUGAGAAACUUACCGUGGGAAUGCACUGAGGAGGAACUGAUUGAACUUGGGAAGCCAUUUGGAAAAGUUGUGAACACAAAAUGCAAUGUUGGGUCAAAUCGAAAUCAAGCUUUCAUUGAAUUUACAGACUUGAAUCAAGCCAUUGCAAUGAUAUCAUACUAUGCGUCAUCUUCGGAGCCUGCACAAGUGCGAGGGAAAACUGUUUAUCUUCAAUAUUCAAAUAGGCAAGAAAUAGUGCAUAACAAAACUGCUGCAGAUGUUGCUGGGAAUGUUUUGUUAGUAACAAUUGAAGGUGAAGAUGCACGCCUUGUCAGCAUUGACGUCUUGCACUUGGUAUUUUCAGCCUUUGGUUUUGUGCAUAAGAUUACUACUUUUGAGAAGACAGCAGGAUUCCAGGCACUGAUUCAAUUCUCAGAUGCUGAGACUGCUACUUCUGCUAAGGAUGCUUUAGAUGGAAGAAGCAUACCCAGGUAUCUGCUUUCUGAACAGGUGGGGCCAUGUACCCUCAAGAUCACAUACUCUGGUCAUACAGACUUAACUGUUAAGUUUCAAAGCCAUAGGAGCAGAGACUAUACUAAUCCUUACCUUCCUGUUGCCCAAUCAGCUAUUGAGGGAGGUGGACAGGUCAUGGUUGGUUUGGAUGGGAAAAGACUGGAGGCUGAGAGUAACGUUCUUCUUGCAUCUAUUGAGAACAUGCAAUACGCUGUAACAUUGGAUGUCUUACAUACGGUUUUCUCUACUUUUGGACCUAUUCAAAAGAUCGCAAUGUUUGAUAAGAAUGGUGCUUUACAGGCUCUGAUUCAAUAUCCAGAUACCCAGACAGCUGUUGUGGCCAAAGAAGCCUUGGAAGGGCACUGCAUUUAUGAUGGAGGUUUUUGCAAGCUUCACCUCUCAUAUUCACGUCAUACGGAUCUUAGUAUAAAGGUUAAUAAUGAUAGGAGUAGAGACUAUACCAUUCCUAUUACACCUGUUGUGAACCUUCAGCCCUCAAUUUUAGGACAACCUGUUUCUACGAUGGCUGCUCCUGCUCAGCAAUACAAUGGGUCUCAGUAUACUCUAGUUUCUGACCCAGCUAUGACCCCUCAACCUCAGGCAGGAUGGGGGACAGCUCCACCGGCAGUUGCUCAAUCUAUGCCACUGCAGAUGUACAACAAUGUUUACAUGCCACCUGGAAACAUGCCACCACAAAUGUCACCUGGAAACAUGCCACCACAAAUGUCACCUGGGAACAUGCCACCACAAAUGCCACCUGGAAACAUACCACCUGGAAUGCAAUUUCCAAAUCAUAGCAUGCUGCAACCGACAUCCACACUACCUGCAUAUGGGUUUGACCGCACUCAAUAGCUUGCUCGUCUUCUGUGUCUCAAAUAGAUCUGCAUUUGCUAAGAGUCAGCUGACCUCUGUUGAAGUUAUUUAAAUUAGGGUUCCCAUUUGGUGAAACUGGCAGUCAUUGAAUAAUGUUUUGAACCUCAAAUAGGUCACUUUUAAUUUUCCCUUUUAUUAUUUUUAUAUUU